GUUAGUCUGUCUUGAAAUCUUCCGGCUGAGAGGGCUGAAAAUUUUGACGGCUUCAAAGCAUUUGCUGCAAUAUCAAUUUCGUCGGGUUUAUUUCGAGUAUCGCUUAAUCAGGACGCGACCAUGGCUGCGAGAUUGAUGAGCGCCCAGGCACAGGUGUGCCGACUGGGCAAGCAUGCUGCGUCCGAAGCCACAGUGGUGCGUCAAUUCCACGCCUCCUGCUACACCGCCUCUAAAGUUGCUCUGUCCAAGUUCGACUCUGACGUCUACCUGCCGUACGAGAAACUGAACAAGCGCCUGGAAGUGGUGCGCGGUCGCUUGAAUCGCCCACUGACUCUCUCCGAGAAGGUGCUGUACUCGCAUCUGGACGAUCCCGCAAACCAGGACAUCGUGCGCGGUACUUCGUACCUGCGCCUUCGCCCCGAUCGCGUGGCUAUGCAAGAUGCCACUGCACAGAUGGCUCUGCUGCAGUUUAUCUCCUCCGGACUGAAAAAGGUGGCUGUGCCCUCCACUGUUCACUGUGAUCAUUUAAUCGAGGCGCAGAUUGGUGGACCCAAGGAUUUGGCCCGUGCCAAGGACCUGAACAAGGAAGUGUACGAUUUCUUGGCCAGCACCUGUGCAAAGUAUGGAUUGGGCUUCUGGAAGCCAGGCAGCGGCAUCAUCCAUCAGAUCAUUCUGGAGAACUACGCUUUCCCCGGCCUGCUGAUGAUUGGUACUGACUCACACACCCCCAACGGUGGUGGCUUGGGUGGCCUGUGCAUUGGCGUUGGUGGUGCUGAUGCCGUCGAUGUGAUGGCCGACAUCCCCUGGGAGCUGAAGUGCCCCAAGGUGAUUGGUGUCAAUUUGACUGGCAAGAUUAGCGGCUGGACCUCGCCCAAGGAUGUUAUCCUGAAGGUUGCUGAUAUCCUGACCGUCAAGGGAGGCACCGGUGCCAUCAUUGAGUAUCACGGCAAGGGUGUUGACUCCAUCUCCUGUACAGGCAUGGCCACCAUCUGCAACAUGGGUGCUGAGAUCGGAGCUACCACCUCUCUGUUCCCCUUCAACCAGCGCAUGGCUGAUUACCUGAAAUCGACAGGCCGUGCUGGCAUUGCCUCCGAAGCCCAGAAGUACCAGUCCAAGAUUCUGUCCGCUGACAAAAACUGCGAGUACGAUGAGCUGAUUGAAAUCAACCUGGACACCCUGGAGCCCCAUGUUAACGGACCAUUCACUCCCGAUUUAGGCCAUCCCAUCAGCAAGCUGGGCGAGAACUCGAAGAAGAACGGCUACCCUAUGGACAUUCGUGUAGGUCUUAUUGGGUCUUGCACCAACUCUUCGUAUGAGGACAUGGGCCGCUGCGCCAGCAUCGCCAAGGAUGCCAUGAGCCAUGGCCUCAAGUCGAAGAUUCCCUUCAACGUGACUCCCGGAUCAGAGCAGAUCCGCGCCACCAUCGAGCGCGACGGCAUCUCAGAGGUGUUCGACAAGUUCGGCGGCACUGUUCUGGCCAACGCUUGCGGUCCCUGCAUUGGACAGUGGGAUCGUAAGGACGUUAAGAAGGGCGACAAGAACACCAUUGUCACAUCCUACAACCGAAACUUUACUGGCAGGAACGAUGCUAAUCCGGCCACCCAUUGCUUUGUCACCAGUCCCGAGUUGGUCACCGCUCUGUCCAUCGCCGGUCGUCUGGACUUCAACCCGCUGACCGACGAGCUUACUGGUGCUGAUGGCAAGAAGUUCAAGCUCAAGGCUCCCUUCGGCGACGAGCUGCCCGCCAAGGGUUUCGACCCCGGACAGGACACCUACACUGCUCCCCCACCCAGCGGCGAAAAUGUCAAGGUGGCUGUCGAUCCCAAAUCGACGCGUCUGCAGCUGCUGGAGCCUUUUGACAAGUGGAACGGCCAGGAUCUGACCGAUCUGACUGUGCUGAUCAAGGUAAAGGGAAAGUGCACCACUGACCACAUCUCCGCUGCCGGACCCUGGCUGAAGUACCGUGGCCAUUUGGACAACAUCUCCAACAACAUGUUUAUCGGCGCCACCAACUACGAAAACAACGAGAUGAACAACAUUAAGAACCAGCGCAACGGUAGCUGGGGCGGAGUUCCCGAUGUUGCCCGCGACUACAAGGCCAACGGCAUCAAGUGGGUGGCUGUCGGCGAUGAGAACUACGGCGAGGGUUCGUCCCGCGAGCAUGCCGCUUUGGAGCCCCGUCACCUUGGUGGUCGUGCCAUUAUCGUCAAGUCCUUCGCCCGUAUUCACGAGACCAACCUGAAGAAACAGGGUCUGCUGCCUCUCACCUUCGCCAAUCCCGCUGAUUACGAUAAGAUCCAGCCCACGAGCAAAAUCUCCCUGCUCAACCUAAACUCCCUGGCGCCUGGAAAGCCCGUAGAUGCCGAAAUCAAGAACGGCGACAAGGUCGACAGGAUCAAGCUUAACCACACCCUGAACGACCUGCAGAUCGGCUGGUUCAAGGCCGGCAGCGCUCUUAACCGCAUGAAGGAACUGGCCCAGUAAAUGGUCCUGGACCUACUUAAGACACCCAGUCCAGAAGCCUCAUCCCAACCUUCUCCCUGUAGGUGAACACACUCAAAUUCACAACGGAAGCAAUCGAGUUAUGGUAUUGUUAUUCAAUUUUUUUCUAAUUGUUUAUAUUAUAUUUUGAGUAUAUCGAGUGUGCAGCUUUAAACGUGAAUUAUGUAACCGAACGAUAGCGAGAAAUUGUAAAAGUUUUAUAUAUAUAAUUAUACACAAUUUUAUUUGUAA